AGGCUGCAGCGAGACUCCCUAAGUAGUGCGGUCUGAUGCGGACUUGCGAAAAGGGUGCAUUAAGUGCACUUAUGAUCACCCCUGGAGAACAUCAUAAGAGGAUCGGGACACCCUACGGUCUUGCACCCCUUAGCGAGAACGCGCAUUGAGGAGCACAAGGGCGGACUUGUGGAUAUUGGGACAUGGCCCCUGUCUCUGCUGCCUGCUAUCGCUAAAGAAGAACAGGAGACACGACGAAUGCAACCUUGGUAGAAUAUUCUUGAAGAUGUUUCUUUUUGUUGAAAAUAAGCUUGCAAAACAUGCUGCCGGGUCUGUUCUUGAUUUUCCAGUGCUUCAUUAAAAUAACAAGUAUAAAGAUUAUUGGUCAUGAUACAUCCGUCAGGUUUGGCGAAAACGGUACAUUCUUUACCCAGUUGACAGAUACUGAUGAGAGUCUAUCUCGGAUUAUAUGGCGUAAAAAGACACGAGAAGACCCUGUGGAAAAAUCCUUUUUUAUAAUUUUACCAAAUGGAAAAACGGAAAACCUAGAUGGAUUAAAGGACAGAAUAAAAUUCAUUGGGAACAUUGCAGAAAAAAAUGGAUCUGUUCAGCUGCUGGGAAUGAGGCUCCUGGAUGAAGGGAUCUAUACUUGCAUCUUUAAUUUAUUUCCCAGUGGACCAUUUGAGACCAACAUCAAUGUCACAGUUCUUGUUCCUCCUAAGGUAAGCGUGGCAGGGGCGACACAUGUUUCUGGUGAUGUAAAUGUUACUUUGGCCUCAUGCUUUGCUACCAGUGCACGGCCUGCAGCAAAAGUGUUGUGGAGUUUAGGAGAUCUUCAAAGCUCCCUGAGGAUUGAAACCACCCACACAGUGCAUCCAAAUGGAACCUUUACUGUGGUGUCCAACCUGGUUGGUUCAGCAUCCAAAGAUUUAAACCAGAAGAAGGUCCAGUGUGUCGUAACACAUGAGGCUCUGGAUAAUGAGCUUGUGCUGGACUACUCAAUAAACAUACAUUAUCCCCCAGAAUCAGUGUUGAUAAUUCCAGACAAGCCAACAGAGCCUAAAGAAUUUCAUUGUUUAGUUGAGUCUAACCCAAGACCGACCAACUACACAUGGAUUAGAGUAAAUAAAACAACUCCUCAACAUGAAGGAUACAAGCUUCUUGUCGCAAAACUGACCCCUGACUUCAAUGGGCUAUACAUCUGUACAGCCUCAAACCAGUAUGGAAGCUCUUCAGGGUCCCUAUAUGUUCAAGUUCAUACUGAGUCCAGUAGUGUUUGUUGGGGUCUGUUUAGUUUCAUCAUCAUUGCUACUGUUCUUUGUCUUCUGGGAUAUUAUGGAUUAAGGGAGUGGAGAAGGAAGCAAAAUUCACAAAAUGAAGACCAGGGUACCCCCGCAGAAAACCAAGAACUGAGCGGCACCAUGUGA